AUGGUAAUCGAUAAUAAGCUGUUUGCGAUUGGAGGAGAGCUUAAAAAUAACAUCACCACGCCAAGCAUCGAAUUUUUGGACCUGCUCAACUUCCAGUGGUCUGAAUUGCCGCCGAUGAAAAGGAAGCGCGGAUUUUGUCAGGGUGUAAGUUUAAAAGGAGAUUGGUGUGUUUUUGGUGGUUGGGAUGUAAGGCAAUUUGUAAACUUUAUCGAGAUAUAUAAUUCUUCAACUCGCGAAUGGUACGAUGUAAUCCCGCCAUCUCAACCAAAUCUGACCAGCAAAAUUGCUGCCUACAAUGGCGUGUUGUACAUCAUUGAUUUUCUUAGUCGAUCUUUGCAAUGUUAUGAUGUUUCUUUGAAGAAAUGGACUUCUAUUAGAAUUCAGCGAGAUUCCCUUUGCAACUUUGGCUUUGUAGCAGUUGAAGGAUUUGUUUACGUUAUUGGUGGUGAAAAACAAGGAGUUCUACAGAAUGUUGUUAAGCGCUAUAAUUUAUCAACUCGUGGAUGGUCGUUCUCAUGUUCUCAUAUGAAAACAGUAUGCUUCGAUGGUAAAAUUGUAAUCUGCACAAAACCGUUGCAAAUGAGUCUGUUAAAUAAUCGACAGAACAAAGUUAACGAUAGAUUUAUUGUUAAAUGGCGCCAACUACCGAAUAGGCACUGGAUUUUGAUUGUACGGAAAGUGAAAGUAAAACCUCAAAUUUGGGAAAUCAGUUCACCCUAUGACGAUAUAAGAAGAGUACUACAUGAAGCUCAAUACAACGCACGUAUUGCUAGGCGUAAGCGAAUGAUUUCGCCAGUUAACCAGAAAAGACGUUUGGAAUAUACAAGUGCCGAAAAGUUUAACUUAACAGGCUCGUUCACUAUUCAGCACGACAAUGACCCGAAGCAUACGGCUCACGACGUGCUUAUGUGA